CAAGGCCCUUCUUCACGAUUUGAUUGUGAUUUUCUUACAUUUCUUCGUUAUUUUGGUUAGAAAGUAUACUUUCCGUAACUAGUUUUUCGAGAUUUGAUUGGCUGAUCCAAAAAAUCGAGAAUGAAUGAAUAUUACAGUGGGAAUUUACCAGUAAAUAUUCCUUAUUUUAAUCCUGUUCCCAUGAAUGCUGGUCUAAUCAACCCAACACAGCAUCAACAUCACUCUGAAGCUGAAGUAUACAACUUUGAUAUCGGGAAUCUGUUCACUAGUUUUUUAACCCAGCCAGGAAGUAUCGAGUCAACAAACAAGCCUUAUGCGUGUGAUAUUUGUAAAAAGUCAUUCGUCCAGGCAAGUGCGUUAGAAAGACAUAAAAAAGUUCACAGCAACGAACAGCAUAUUUGCGACAUCUGUGGACAACGAUGCUCCCAAUCAGGUGACUUAAUACGUCAUCGCAGAAUUCACACUGGAGAAAAACCAUAUACGUGCGAUGUAUGCAACAAAUCAUUUUCUCAGUCCAAAUCAUUGGCAAGACAUAAACGCACGCAUUCUGGAGUUAAACCAUUUACAUGCGACAUUUGUCACAAGUCGUUUGCAGACUCAGGGUACCUAGUUAUACAUAAGAGAAAACAUACUGGAGAACGACCAUAUAAAUGUGGUUCGUGUGACAAAUCGUACUCCAAUCUAGUUUCCUUACAAAAUCACAUCAGAACACACACUGGCGUGACUCCAUAUGAAUGUGACAAGUGUAACAAAAAAUUUUUCACUUUACCAGGCUUACGUUAUCAUGAAUCAACUCAUACUGGACACAAACCUCACAAGUGUGACGAAUGUGAUAAGGCUUUUGCUACAUCAUCAAAGCUUAUUUGCCAUAAAAGAACACAUUCUGGUGCUAAACCUUACAAGUGUGACUUGUGUGAUAAGGCUUACGCUCAAUCAUUUGAUCUUAAACGACACCAGAAAACACACAGUGGUGUGAAGACAUUCCAAUGUGACUUAUGUGAUAAAGCAUUUUUCUGGUCUGGUAGUUUAAGAGAGCAUAAGAAACAACACCUUGAGGAAAAGCCAUUUAAAUGUAAUAUUUGUGGUAAGAGUUUUACCUGGUCCAGUGCUCUUGGAGAUCAUAAAAAAACUCACUCUGAAAUUAAUGUGAAUAAGCCUCAUAGAUGUGACAUUUGUGGGAAGACAUUUAAUGCUCUUGGCUACCUUAACAGACAUAAAAAAAAGCAUACUGAAGAUGAAAGCAACGGAGUUGUAUCAUCAAAUGGUAAUCCCAAUAGCACUGGCCGACUGUAUACAUGUGAUGUUUGCCAAAAAACUUUCACCACAUCUUCAAGACUUAAAUGUCACACAAGAUCUCACACAGGAGAAAAGCCAUACAAAUGUGACCAAUGUCCUAAAGCAUACGCCCAAUCGUUUGACCUUAAGAGACACAAACAAACACAUUCUGGAAUUAAAAGCUUUAAGUGUGACUUAUGUGAUAAAGCAUUCUUUUGGGCAGGUAGCCUCAGACAACAUAAGCGUCAGCAUGCUGAUGGGAAACCUUAUAAAUGUAAUGUUUGUGAUAAAGCCUUUGCUUGGUCAAGUGCUUUAGGAGAGCAUAAAGCCACACAUGGAAUUGAGAAACCAUUUAAAUGUGACUGUGGCAAAUCAUUUGCUGCAUUAGGAUAUCUUAACACUCACAAGAAUGCUUGCAAUGAAAGUAAUGAUCCCACUGAAAAAGAGUCUGAUAAAAACAUAAGACCGAGAACAAAUCAUUGUGAAUUCUGCAACAAAAGUUUUGCUACUUUAUAUAAGUUGAAAUGUCACUUACGAAGUCACACUGGAGAGAAACCUUUUCAGUGUGAUCAAUGUCCCAAAGCAUAUGCCCAAUCAUUUGACCUGAAGAGGCAUCAAGAAAGUCAUAGUGGAGAGAAAGCAUUUUCAUGUGAUGAAUGUGGCAAAGCAUUUCUGUUUGAAUGUAGUCUGCGCAAGCACAAAAGACAACAUUUACCAGGUGCUAAACAUGAAUGUAAUAUUUGUGGAAUGACAUUUACCAGUGCUUCUAAACUCAAAACACACCAGAGAAAGCAUAGUGGAGAAAAACCGUACCAGUGUGAUCAAUGUGAUAAAGCAUAUGCACAGUCAUUUGAUUUAAAACGGCACAAGCAAACACACAGUGGAAUCAAAAGUUUUCAAUGUGACUUGUGUGACAAGGCUUUCUUUUGGUCAGGUAGUUUAAGGCAGCAUAAAAAGCAACAUGCUGCUGAAACACUUGCUAUCUUGAGCAGCAAGCAUAGGGAGAUCCCCGAGGAAGUAGAAAAAUGUGGAAAUGCAGAAAACAAUGAAACAGAUCUGGAUUUUGUAAUGGGAAAAGGUGAACAACCAGUUGUUGAGAUGAACUGUGUAAGUCCAGGCAAUAUUAUUGUCAACCCUACUGUUGUUCAAUCAAAAACUGGGCAAAAAGUUAAGAAUUUUAACUGUGACAUUUGUGGGAAGGAUUUUGUUUGGAAAAAAAGUUUGCAAAGCCACAAAAAAAAGCAACAUGCUCAGAUGCAACCCUCGAUUGCUGAGGAGACAGACAAGAACACUGAAUAUUCAACUUGUUUUGCGGGUACGUCACAGAUACAGUCCCACAAUGCAACAGGAAAAAGCGAGGUCCAGAAAAUUUUAAGUUCAGUUUGCCACGCCACUGAUCUCUGUAGUCCAAAGAAAUGGCGAUAUACUGUUUUAUUAAUCAUGAGUUCAGAUCCGACAUAUACGCUAGAAGAAGACGAUGAAAAUAUGGGUAACAGCGAAAUUACUGUCGAACAGGCAGGCAGAAAUAUGAAUAUUAUGGUUGUCGGAGCUGAUGAAACGGUUUAUAUUUCUGGAGAUAGUGCUGCAACUGGCGCAAUGCACGAAAUACAUUACCAACAUAUCACAAAUAACACGUUGCCAAACAAACAGAUGGCUAUAGAUUCGGAUAUUCUCGAGGCUGGUGAUGUUUCAGUAGAUGAGCAAAAUAAGCAUAUUGAGAAUGACGAUGUUCAACCCACCAUCUUACAUCUUGGACUAUCAGACUUCGUAAAUGCAGUACAAAAGGCUUUAGCUCAAGAGCACAGGUUACAAGUCAUUAACAAUGGACCACAAGACCAUGUUGAAGACUCUACGACUCAGUCUCAGGUUGAUGUUGAUUCUACUCACGACACUCUACAAAUCAUAGCUCAAGAAGGUGUAGAAUUGGAUCAGAGCUCUGAACAUCAGACUAACCAAACAAUACCACUAAGCUCUGGUUUGGUUGUAAGUCAAGCUGAUGUGAACAAUGCAAACAUUUUAACCAGUUUGGCCACUGAUGGGCAACAUGCACAAUUUUCCGAUCUCAAUUCUGAAAAUCCUUCGCAAUCCCUAAAUGUUGUGGUUAAUACCAUCAUACCUUCCUCUCAGAAAAAGUCAAAAAAACUUUACAGUUGUAAAUAUUGUGAUAAAACAUUUUCACAGCCACAUCAGAUUGUCCGUCAUGAACGCAUGCAUACUGGAGAGAAACCUUUUGUUUGUGAUAUAUGUGGAAAGGGUUGUUCUCAGAAAGGAGACCUGGCACGCCAUAAACGAAAACAUACGGGGGAACGACCAUAUAAAUGUGAUAUUUGUCCAAAAGCAUAUUUUAAGUCCGCUGAUUUAAAGUAUCACAAAAGGAAGCAUAUGGGAGAGAAACCGUAUAAAUGUUUGGAGUGUGAUAAAUCUUUUACUGGCUUGACAACGUUGAAAUACCAUAUGCGCACUCAUACUGGUGAGAAACCUUACAAAUGUGACAUUUGCGAUAAACAGUUUGCACAGUCCAGCUCGUUAAAAUUGCACAAAGUUACUCAUUCAUCUGUAAAACCAUAUGAAUGUGAUGAAUGUGAUAAGAAGUAUGCAUCUGCGCCCACUUUAAAAUGGCACAAAACAACUCAUAUUUGUGGUAAAUCGAACAAACCUGUCAAAUGUGAUAUUUGUAAUAAAACACUCGCUCAUUAUUCCAGUUUGAUUUGUCAUCGAAGAACUCAUACUGGAGAAAAACCAUUCAAAUGUGAACUGUGUCCUAAAGCAUAUUCACAAUCUUAUGACUUAAAGCGACAUAUGAAUACCCAUUCCGGUAAUAAACAAUACAAGUGUGAUAUUUGUGGUAAGGCAUUCUAUUGGGCAGUUAAUUUACGAGAGCAUCGAAGGCAGCAUGAUGAAGAGAAGCCAUUCAAGUGUGAAUAUUGUCCAAAAGUGUUUGCAUGGUCUAGUGCGCUUGGACAUCACAGGCGAAUGCAUCACAUGGGAGAGAAACCUCAUAAAUGUGAAACAUGUGGGAGAACAUUUGCUCAACCUGGCUAUCUCAAUAGACAUAUUAAGAGUAAGCAUCCAGAAAAAGCUGAACAGUAUGUUAGUAAUACAUCAAGUGGUAUGACUACCAAUAAAUCUGACCAAGAAAAAGAUGUUGCUGCAAAUAAUAUUCCCAAAAUUCCCGAGAAAAGCAUUACAGAAAUGCCAUCUAAAAAUGUCCCUGAAAUGCCAGCUGAAAAUGUCCCUGAAAUGCCAGCUGAAAAUGUUCCUGAAAUGCCAGCUGAAAAUGUUCCUGAAAUGCCUCCUGAAAAUAUUUCUGAAAUGCCAAGGGAGAAUGUUCCUGAGAUGCUUGCAAAAAAUGUUUCUGAAAUGCCUGCUGAAAAUGUUCCUGAAAUGCAUAAAGAAAAUGUUCCUCAAAUGUCUGCUGAAAAUGUCCCUGAAGUACAACAUGAAAAUUCUUCGGAAAAACAAGAAGAAAAUAUCCUGGAAAUGCCCGCAGAAAAUACUUCUGAAAUGUUUCAAGGACAUGUUCGUGGAGUGCCUUCUGAGCUUGUCCAUUCUUCUGAACUGGUUAUUGCAAACAUUUCUGAAAAAAAAGCUGACGUUCUUCCUGUUAUGCCUCUUGAAGAUAUUUCUCUUCCCAAUGUCACUGCUGAAAAUGUUUCCAAUUUGAAUACAAAAAAAUUGAUCAUGAUGAAAGCUGACAGCAUUUCCAAAGAUAAUAAUGAUGAAAGUCCCAGUGAAUUGACUUCUGAAAAUGUUUCGGACACAAGUGCUAAAAAUUUCCCACAAAUCUUUCCUGAAAAAAGAAAAACUGGAAAUGUUUCUGAAAUUCAAUGUGAAAUUACAUAUGUGGACGAAACUCCUAAAGAUAAUUCAGUUGAUAAUUGUAUUGAUCAAGAUAAGGUAUCAAGCAGAACAACUUUACAGCUGGACCUUGGUGAUGCAAGUGGUGAAGCUCAUAUAAGUAUUUAGUAUCUUUGAUUUUUUAUUCUAUGUUUUUCUCCGCAACCAUGAUUUGUUGCAAUUUGUAGUGAGUGAUUUUGAAGAUAUGUCAAUUGCAAUCGGAUAUACUCUAUUAUAUGUGGUGAGGUUGUAAUUGCAGUUUGUUCUUAUAAAAGUUGGUGUAACUUUAGCUUUACCCAGCUUUAGAGUUAAAACCAUUUACAUUUGGCUAUUCAUAUCUUGUGUAUGUAGCUUUAAACCUUCUGAGUUUCUAUCAUAAUAUUAUUGUUAGAACAGAUUGUUGUGCUCAAUAAAAAUAUGAGGCUUGUGUUGUGUGUUGAAGUAAGUAAAAAAAUAAUAGGACACAACAGUUAUCCUUUCAACAUUCACGUAGUAAUGCCAUGAAUUUAUUCAUUGAAUCUAUCAUGCUCAUUUGUCAUCAUUUAAUGCCACUUGAUGUGUUUUCUGCAAAACUGCGAAAAUCUUGCGUAAAAAAGGAUGAUUUACUAGGUAUCAUAUAAUUUUUUCCCUAUUCUUUUCAAUUCACUGUCAAGUUAUUGCAGCGUUGUAAAAUUGCUAAUGUAUGUUUACAUAGGUAAUAUUGGUGAAACAUAAAUUUAAUAUCCCCUAGCUCUGUCAGCUUAGAACAUACUGGCUUAUAACGUAGGUUGUGUCGAUGAUUGAGUUGCAUUAAUUAACUGCUGUGGUAGCUGUGGGAUAAUUCAUUAUUCAUUAACGAACUGUUGAAUUAUUAAACGGUACUACAGUGUUAUUAAAUGUUAUUUCUUCAUUAGCUGUUGUAGUGAAACACUUCACUUUCUUUACUUUACAGUCGCAUACAAAUAAUAAAUAUUUUCUAUCACAAUGAUUAUGGAACUAUAGAAGUUUUUGUGUGGUGUAAAUUUGAUAAAUUUUGUUCAUUCGUUUACUAAAUUACAUGUCUUAAAAUCA